GGAGCAAUAUCUUAAUCAUUCCACUGGAUGCACGACAAUUAUUGAUCACGAGUUUUUCAUUGUCUAAAUGGCGAAUUUGUUUUUUGGAUUAAGUUAAUUUCUCUAACAAACCUGCUCGGAGACGUCAGUCUUGUAUUGUAUUUGCAUGCUAAUGUUAAUUGGGUGGUAUACGUGGAUCGAUAGUAGCUUUAUCGCGUGAUCUGGGAUCAUAUAGAUGCACUUCAUAUUCUCUAUUAUCUUGGUGUUUGUAUAUUUACUGAAGGCUAAGUAUAUGUAGAUAGAAAAUUUAUAAACUUUUGUCUAUUGAAUAGUCAAUAGAAUAUAAAACGAUCAAAUUUUUGAUAUCUUUAUGCAUAUGAGAAUUAGAAUAUAAAACACUUGUUUGUGAAAAUACCAGCCUAGUCGCUUCCUAAUAACUGGAAAAAUUGAAUAAUUAUUCUAGAUUAGUCGUUGAAAAAGCUUUGAAAAUCAUCAAUGCACGAAUGACGUUUAAAUACCCUUUAUUUAGUUUUUAUACAGUAUACGCAUUUAACAUUAUAAAAAAUAAUUUAAAAAUUCUAGUUAUAAGUUAUGUUGCAAGGAAAGUGUUUUCAGGAGAAGUUUUGAACUAAUAUCUUCCAAAUAGACACACUUGUGUUUAUGUAUGUAAAUUUCUAUAUACAUAUAUACACAUAUAUUUGUAUGUUUAAAAUGUUUAUGUUCUAUUUUUGUCCUAUAACAUGUAAUCUGUGAGCUGACAUUCUAUACAUGAACAUGGCAAUAAUGUAUGUUAUACUUCAAUAGGUCGUAUAUGAUGGACAAAAGUUGGAUGACUGCUAAAAAGUUUUCUAGUGAAUAUGUACAAGGGGUUCGAUCAUUUAUGAAGUUUGUGGACGAACAUAUUGGCCAACAUUGUGACAUGAAGUGUCCUUGUACAUUUUGCUUGAACUCGUAUAUUAGAAGUAAAAAAGAAGUGCUUGAUCAUCUACUUAUUCGAGGGAUAGACGUUGAAUACACUAGGUGGAUUCAUCAUGGUGAAUGCUUUGAUUAUCAAGUUUCUCAUAGUGAUUCUGAUAAUGAUGAUGUGAAUGAGGAUGACGACUACACAAAUGGAGUGAAAGACUUGUUGGCCGAUCUUGGAAAUUUUUACGAACAUGCCGGUCGUUUUGACAAAGACCCUAACCCAAAUGAAAGCGAGGAAGAUGAAGAUAUACCUAUGACGUUUCUUGAGCUAUUAAAUAAGGCUGAACAAGAGCUUUAUCCAGGUUGCUCGAAGUUUUCAACUUUAUCUUUCAUCGUGCAUUUGCUUCACAUAAAAGUUUAUAAUAAGUGGAGCAAUAAGUCAUUUGACAUGAUGUUAACACUGCUGAAAAAGGCUUUACCUCAUGGUGAAACUCUUCCAAAAUCAUACUAUGAUGCGAAAAAAAUUUUAAACGACUUGGGUUUGGGAUACACUGCAAUCCAUGCAUGUAAGUAUGAUUGUGCUUUAUUCUGGAAAGACUAUGAAAAUUGUCAAGACUGUCCAGUUUGUGGUACUUCGAGAUGGAAAGUUAACAAUGGUAAGGGAAAGAAAAUUCCUCAUAAAAUAUUGCGCCACUUUCCUUUAAAGCCGAGGUUACAGAGGAUGUUUAUGUCACCGAAAAUAGCAGCAUAUAUGAGAUGGCAUUCGGACAAGCGAAUAAAUGAUGAGAAAGAGUUGAAACAUCCGGCAGAUGCAAGAACAUGGAAAAAAUUUGAUCAAGAGCAUCCUAAUUUUUCAAAAGAUGGCCGUAACGUUCGACUUGCUUUGGCAACUGACGGCUUCAACCCAUUUGGUACUAUGAGUAAUUCUUACAACAUGUGGCCCGUAAUUAUCAUUCCAUACAACUUGCCUCCUUGGAAAUGCAUGAAAAAAUCAUAUUUCAUCAUGUCAUUGCUCAUUCCUGGACCACAUCAGCCGGGUAAAGAUAUUGAUAUAUACCUACAACCGUUAGUUGAUGAAUUAAAAGACUUGUGGAAUGAAGGUGUGCAAACCUAUGAUGCGUUUUCUAAGAAGAAUUUUCAAAUGCAUGCUGCUCUUUUAUGGACAAUUAACGAUUUUCCUGCGUAUGGUUGUGUAUCUGGUUGGAGUACAAAGGGUUAUAUGGCAUGCCCAGUCUGUAAUAAACAUACAUGUUCCAAGAGAUUGAGAAGUAAAAUUUGUUAUAUGGGCCAUCGUCGAUACUUGCCUCGUGUUCAUAAAUGGCGAAAAAAUAAAAUAAAGUUUGACGGAAAAGAAGAAUUAAGCAUGGCACCAGAUGACUACUCAGGAAAUGAUAUAUCUCAACAAACGAUGCAUUUAAAAGGUGUUAAAGCUGGGAAACAUCCUCGUUUGAAGAAAAACAAGAGAGAUAAACAAGAUUUAAAUUGGACUAAGAGGAGCAUUCUUUUUGAAUUGCCUUAUUGGAAGACAAUACUGUUACGACACAAUCUUGAUGUCAUGCACAUUGAAAAAAAUAUCUGCGAUAAUAUUUUGGGGACGUUGUUGAAUAUGGAUAAGAAGACAAAAGAUACAUAUAAAGCAAGAAAAGAUUUGGAGGAUAUGAACAUUAGACAGGAAUUGCAUUUAAAGAAAAGAAAUGAUGGCAGAUAUGAUAUACCACCAGCAGCUUAUGCAAUGUCUAAGAAAGAAGGACAACAAUUUUGCGAAUUUCUUAAAGCACAAAAGUUUCCAGAUGGAUAUGCUUCUAAUAUAUCUCGUUGUGUAAAUGUGUCUGAAACUAAGUUAGUGGGUUUGAAAAGUCAUGAUUGUCACGUUCUCUUGCAACGAUUACUUCCAUAUGGCAUUCGUGGAUGUUUGAGCAAAGACAUAUGCGUUGCAAUACUUGAGUUAGGGGAUUUCUUUCAGAGGUUGUGUUGCAGAAAAUUGCUGGUAGAAGACGUAAAUAAAUUGGAAAAAGACAUCGUUGAGAUAUUAUGUAAGCUUGAAAUGAUUUUUCCACCAGCUUUUUUCGAUGUUAUGGUGCAUUUGGCUGUGCACCUACCACAUGAAGUAAUGUUAGGUGGACCAGUUCAAUACCGAUGGAUGUACCCUAUUGAAAGAUAUUUAGGUACACUAAAGGGUUAUGUGCGCAAUAAAGCUCGUCCAGAAGGUUCUAUUGCAGAAGCUUAUAUAGUCAAUGAAUGUUUGACAUUUUGCUCAAUGUACCUUGAUGGAAUUGAAACUUCUUUUAACAAAGAAGAAAGGAAUAUGGAUAUAGAAGUUGAUCGUAAGUUGUCCGUUUUCUCACAAAAGACACGAACAUUUGGAGCUAUAAAAUAUAGUGAGCCUCCUAGAGAAGAGGUAGAUUUGGCUCAUUGGUAUAUUUUGAAUAAUUGUGAAGAAAUGGAACAAUUUCACCUGAUGCACAAAGAGAUACUCAAGCAAGAAAGUAUCUUGAAUUUAGAAGAUAGACAUAAAGCGCAAUUUCCAGAGUGGUUUAAGCAUCACAUGGCGCAAAAGAAAUCACAAAAUCCAGAAGAAGACGUAGAUGAAUUGUAUGCAUUAGCAUGUGGACCUAGUAAAAUUGUGAACAAGUAUCCGGGUUGUAUUGUAAAUGGAGUACGAUUCCAUACCAAGGAGCGGGAUAGUCAUCGUACAACACAAAAUAGUGGUGUUAUGGUUGAAGGUUACCAUAAUAACACUGUCAUUGAUUUUUACGGCACCGUGAUUGAAAUAAUUGAGCUAGACUAUAUUAAAGACAAUCAUGUUAUUCUUUUUAAGGCACAGUGGUUUAAUCUUGGCAACAAGAAAUCUAUUAUACAUGAUGGGAAAAUCACUAGCAUCAAUAUCAGUCGUACUUGGUAUGAAGAUGACCCGUUUAUAUUUGCAUGUCAAACAAAACAAGUAUUCUAUCUUGAUGAUAUGAAAUUGGGCAAAUAUUGGAAAAUCGUAGUAAAAUUUCAGCAUCGCCACGUUUUCGACUCCUUAGAUAUGGAUGAUGGAGAUAUUAGGGAGGACGAUAAUGUCUACCAAGAAGAUGAAUCUUCACAACCUGCUAUAUCCAUUCAAGGUGAUUUAGUAGAGUUAGUGUCCCUUGAGAGAAAAGAUGUUGAUCCCGAAGUUGUUCAGGUUGAUAUAAUUCAAGACUUGGAAAGUUAUGCAGUUGAAGAUGAUGCUUAUGAAGAAGAUGAUACGUUGGAUAAUUAUUGUGACGUUGAGGAAGAAUUUCAAAUCAGCGAUGAUGAUAGUGACUUGGAAUGACUUAUAGCUAAGGCUUUUUAAGAUCAUUUAAAGUACAUUGUGAUAUGGUAGUAAGUUCAUUUAUAUUACCUUGUGAUAUGCUAGUAAGUAUAAAAUUGUAAAUGCGAAUAACUUAUAAGUUUGAAGUUCUGUUUUUAUGUCCCUGCAGCUUGUUGAAGUAUUGGAUUAAGUGAAAAUUUCUUCUCAUAUACGAUCUUCGGACUGGCUUUGGGUAUACGGCGCAGCUCACCAAGGUGGUAAAUCGAACUUCGAGAGAGUAGCAUUAGUUUUUUUGUCGAGACAUUAUCGCAUUAUCUAUUUUUAUGUAUUAUUUUGAAUACUACAAUAUUGCUACUUCAUUUUUUUUUCUAUU